AAAUCAUAACCUUAUAUCCUCGAAAAUUCUGUUUAAUUUAAACUACAUAUAGAAAUACGAAAAGAAAUCUACUAUUUUCGAGAUUACGACAUGUGCGUCACGUCAAGACUUAAGAUAGACUGUGUGCUCGAUGCCGUUUUGCAUUUAAAAUGAGCUCGGCAAGUGAUAACAAUGUCGCACCAGAUAAUCUAACAUGUCACCAGCUCAUUUGUAUCCUUUCAAGAUUCUUUGGAUAACAUUGCAGAUGGUACUCCCAUUAAUUGGCCCUCAUCCUACUUCCCCGCAUUUACACCCCUACAUAUCGGAGUUUCGAUACAUUCCCCAGUAUCAUCCAUCGAGGAAUCCUGACUGCACAUCACGAUGGCUCCAACGUGAGUUUUAUAAUGACCGAUUUGAGCACGAGGAUGGUCAACGUUCCUCGUUCAAAGAACCACUUAUCAAUCAAGAUCACCCAUGGAUCGAAAUUAGAGCUGUUUUGGUUCAUUGUUCACAAACAUGGAAAGAAAUGUAG